GUAGGGACAACGCAAAUUCGCUGCAUGUGUGCAGAUUAGUAGAGACUCUGCUCCGCUCCGACAGCUCAUUGCUGGCUUAUACCCCCAUCAUGAUGGAAUAGCCCCUCAUCAUUACUCGGGUCCUCCCUCAACCAACUCGGGUUCUCACCACAACAGCUUACAACAAUGCUCUUCAACAUCAGCCUACCCACGCCAUCCAUGGUGUUAUCAAUAUCGAGGCAAUACUGAAGCGAAAAUGGCAACCUUCAACCUCUCCUACACCGCCCCAAUAAACCCCCCCGGCGCCUCCCCAGUCCUCACCCAGUCUCAAAUCUGGGAGUGCAUCAAGCGCAAAGUCCGACACGCAGAACAUUUCGUGCCAGCAAUCACCAAGACCGAGAUCCUUUCCGAGUCCAAAGAAGGAGAAACAGUCGUCUCCCUCAAGCGACGCAUAACAUUUGCUCCCGGCGGCCACCCCGCCGGCGCCGAGAACGCCGUCGAAACAUGCCACUUUUUCGAACCAUGCCGUGUUGACUUUGUGGGCGCAGACGGAAGCGCAAUCAUCAACGCUGUGAGCCAGGGUCCUGGUGUUGAAGCUCAGGAUUUGAACUACACUUAUAUUUUUGAGUGGCGACAUCCCGAGUUGGAAGCGGGCAGUGAAGAGGCAGCGAAACAGAGGGAGGCUGAUUGGGCGACCACUCAGCUGGCUGUUAACGCGACCAUUGCGACUAUGAGACGCAUGGUGAGCGAAGGGGUUGUGGGAUGAUGCCAAAGUGGUAACAGCGCAUUUAGCCAUUGGAUAUGUGCCGAGUUACUUUACUGCUACUUUCGUUAUAAUUCAUUGGAACAAAAACCAU